UUUCACCGCCAGCCAGUUAUUGGGUCUCUUGCGCUUGACGGCCGAAAACCCAAAACCCAAAACCUGUCUAUAAACGUAGGGUUUUUUCCGGCCUCUUCUUUAUCCCGCCGCUUUCCUCCGCCGCCUCUCUCCCCCUCCCCUGGGCCCUUUUCCGGUCCUUCUCCUUCGUUCAAUCAUGGCGGAACAGACUGAGAGGGCUUUCCUUAAGCAGCCAAAGGUUUUCCUUUGCUCGAAGAAAUCUGGUAAGGGGAAGAGACCUGGUAAGGGUGGGAACCGCUUCUGGAAGAGUAUUGGUCUUGGAUUCAAGACUCCUAGGGAAGCUAUUGAAGGUGCAUACGUUGACAAGAAAUGCCCGUUCACUGGUAAUGUUUCUAUUAGGGGUCGCAUUUUAGCUGGCACAUGCCAUAGUGCCAAGAUGAACAGAACCAUUAUUGUCCGUAGAAAUUACCUCCACUACGUGAAGAAGUAUCAGAGGUAUGAGAAGAGGCAUUCAAAUAUUGCAGCACACAUAUCCCCAUGCUUCCGUGUGAAGGAAGGAGAUCAUGUUAUCAUUGGCCAGUGCAGGCCAUUGUCCAAGACUGUGAGGUUCAAUGUUCUAAAAGUCAUUCCAGCUGGGUCAAAAGGUGGCAGUGGGAAGAAGGCUUUCACUGCAAUCCGAAGUUUCUAACGUUUUGUUCUUACAUAUUGCAGUCAGUUGGAGUAGGUUCAGUUUUGAAUUGAGCUCUUUGAAUGAAGUAAUGCCAUUUGACCAGGAGUAAUCCCGUUUGUCGCUUUAAGAACUCUUCAAAGCUAGUUCUCAGUUUUGCUUUCUGAAUGAAGAAACUAAUGCUGUUUAUGCAGAAGUCAA